AUGGCGAAGAAGGGCCGCGAGGCGCGCAUCACGCGCACCAUCGCGCGCGUGCGCGGUGAACGCCCGAGCGCGGCGCUGCGUAAGCGCGCGUUGACGUCGGGGACGGGAGAAGAUGGGGCGAUGCGUGUGAAGUCAAAGUGGCGGCGACGGAAAGACAAAGAGCGCGCGCGCGUCGAGGCGAGAGGCGACGCGUCGACGCCGCACGGCUACGACGGCUCGCAAGGGACGCUGUUGAUCGGUGAGGGGAACGGGUCGUUUGGAUUGGCGCUGGCGACGUUGUUCGGUGGAGACGCGACGCGGUUGGUGGUGACGACGGCGCUCACGGCGCGGGCGAGCGUACGGGCGUACGGGGAGAGUUUCUGCGAUACGGUGGAGGCGUUGGAACAAUCGGGGGCGAGCGUGGCGUAUGGGGUGGCGUGCGAGACGUUGGCGAGCGAGAAGGCGCGGUUGGCGUUGAGGGAGCGGAUCGGGGGUUCGGCGUUCGAUCGCGUGGCGUUUCAUUUUCCAGACGCGGGCUGCGGACGCGUGGGAACGCUGAGCGUUCGCGCGCAGCGGAAUUUGUUGACGGAUUAUCUCGAACACGCGCCGAAGUUGUUGAAGGCGACGGGAGAGUUGAGGGUGACGAUGCGCACGAGUGAGCCGUACGCGGCUUGGAACGUCGAGGCGCUCGCGGCCAAGGCGGGACUGGCGUUCAAGGCGCGCGUGGAGUUCGAUCCGGCCGAGUUCCCUGGAUACGAGUACACGCGAACGGUUUGGGCGGAUGAUGAAGACGGCGACUGUUCGACGGACGCCGAGGACGCGGUGACGUACGAUGAGAACGAGGAGGGCCCGAACGAGGACGCGGUGACGUACGUCUUCGUCAAGGCUGUGAAACCCAACGGAAAGUAA